AUGAAAAACUUAAAGGAGCUUCCUGAUCAAAAGACACUUGAAGAAGCAGGAAAUUGCGACAUACUUGAUAUUGACGGCAACAAGGUCAAGUUCAGCACAAUCUUUGCCGAGCAAAAAACGAUUGUUGUGUUCAUAAGACAUUUCUUUUGCGGGGUGAGUAACAAGCCACUAUAUGUAGAGGCUCUGGCAUCGGUACCGGAAGAGGCGCUGACUCAGGCAAGCACUCGAAUUGUGGUGAUAGGGUGCGGAGGUUAUGGCCCAAUUAAGUCUUACAAGGAGGCAACCAAAUUCAACGGGCUUUUUUUCGCAGACCCGAGUCUGAAGCUAUAUCAUGCACUAGGAAUGGACAUCGAAAGCCUCGAGAAAACUCCAGUUGGCGAAGUAAAAAGGAGCUAUCUAACACUUAGCGCUUUUUCAAAUCUCAUGAUGAGCCUCUGGAGGGGACCAUUUAAGCAUCCAUGGCAGGUCGGAAAGCAAGGGAAAUUCACUCAGCUGGGAGGAGAGUUUAUUCUUGGACCAGGAUCGACAUGCCUAUUCGCUUCUCGAAUGAAGCAUACCGAGGACCACGUCGAGGUAAAAGACUUGAUGAAAGAGGCUGGGGUAGUUUAUUAG